AUGGAUCGCAACAAGGACAACCCAGCCUUUGCUGCUCUGUACUUCCCGCUGGAGCUUCACCGCAGAGAAGCCUUGGCCAAAGACCUGCAGUAUUUCUAUGGAGAAGACUGGAGAGACAAGAUCCAGUGUUCAGAGGCAACUCAGCACUACGUGGACAGAAUCCAUCACGUGGGACAGCACGAGCCAGAGCUGCUGGUGGCUCACGCGUACACACGCUACAUGGGGGACCUCUCGGGUGGCCAAGUGCUGAAGAAGGUGGCCCAGAGGGCCCUGAAGCUGCCCAGUACCGAGGAAGGGAUCCAGUUCUACACCUUUGACAACAUUUCCAAUGCACAGCAGUUCAAGCAGCUCUACAGAGCGAGGAUGAACGCUCUGGACUUGGACAGGGACACCAAGGAGAGGAUCGUGGAAGAGGCCAACCGAGCCUUCAGGUUCAACAUGCAGGUGUUUGAGGAGCUGGACGGGAUCGGGAGGGCGCUGCCGGAGGAGGCUCAGGACGGAGGGUCCGCAGCCCACGCUGGGAAGGGAGACCCGCGGAAAUGCCCGUACUACGCGGGCAGAGCAGGUGAGUGGUGGGCGCCGGCAGAGCUGCACCGGCGGCUGCCCCGGCCCGCGGCACUGACGGGUCUGUUCCUGCCAGGCACGGCCCCCGGCUGCCCCUGCCACGCCGCCCUGGCCCUGGCCACGCAGCCCCUGGUGCAGCUCGUCCUGGCAGCCUGCCUGGCUGCGGCAGCGGGAGCCGCGGCCUGGUACGUCCUGUGA